GUCUGGGCUGCUGCUCUCUCUGCACCCGACCGCACUGUAGGACUAUAGGGCUGGCGCGGAGUCUACCCGGACAUCCCCUCCGUAGCUGCGGGGCUUCCCGAAAGCAGAGCCUUCGCAGUCUUUGAGCGCUUGGCUCCCGCCUAGCUUCUGAACCCGUAACCCGCCGCCUCCUACUCGUCUUCCUCUCCUCCUCUUAGGGAGGCGAAGCUGGUGCUGGUUUCUGUCGGCGCCACAGACUGCUCUGCAAACCUAGCCGUGGACCUGUGAACGAAAGAACCCAGGAGACCAGAAGACUCUUGCGGGUGACUCUCUCUAAUAGCACUUUGCCUGAAGUGGGGUCGUGGCGGAGUUUCCUCUCCACCUCCCAAUGCAAACACUAUGUGGAGGGCUGUCGGCUUCCCUGUGCUGUGCUUGCUUCUUAAUCUUCAUGCUGCAGGAUGCUUUUCAGGAAAUAAUGAUCAUUUGUUGGCAAUUCAUCAGAAGAAGAGUGGAAAACCAGUAUUCAUCUAUCACCAUUCACAAGACAUUGAGAAAAGCCUGGAUAUAGCUCCACAAAAGAUAUAUAAACAUAAUUUUCAUUCCCCUUCUGAAACUCAAGUAAGCAAACGCCACCAAAUUGUAAAUUCAGCAUUUCCUAGACCUGCGUAUGACCCAUCUCUCAAUCUGCUGGCCAUGGCUGGUCAAGAUCUUGAAGUGGAAAAUCUUCCAAUCCCAGCAGCAAAUGUAAUUGUUGUGGAUGCUUUUCAGGAAAUAAUGAUCAUUUGUUGGCAAUUCAUCAGAAGAAGAGUGGAAAACCAGUAUUCAUCUAUCACCAUUCACAAGACAUUGAGAAAAGCCUGGAUAUAG